ACAAUUUUUUUGGUGCUUGCUUGAUCAGAUCUGUUUUGUGUAUGGUAAUACAUAAAUUGCUCAUACGGUAUGCAGACACGCUGAUGCACAGAAUAUGACAAUGGAACUAAUUCUUUUGGUCUGUUCGCAGUAAUAUAUAAGACUGAUGGUUUUAAAAUUACAGGACCACUAGGGAGAGCACUCCAUGCAAUUUGAUCAUGGACCAGAAUGCCAUCCAAACUCCGAGUUCAAGUAACAGGCGCACCACUCAUAAUGAAGCCAUUAACAGGAUGCAAAAUCCAAUGCUAAGAAACAUCCCUACUGCAGAUGAAAUGGACGAGUUUUUUGCCCGUGAAGAAAAGCAGCAACAAACACUGUUUAUCGAGAAGUACAACUUUGAUCCAGUGAAUGACAAACCCCUUCCUGGACGAUAUGAAUGGGUGAAACUUAAACCCUAGAGGAGCGUUCCAUCAGGACUUCUGCUGCUUUCUUGAUUAUACUAGGAAAGGUGAAGAAACCAUAGGUACUUUCAGUUUUACAGGGUGAUGGUGAUGUUCAUAUUUUCCAUUACCAUUACUUGUAAAAACAUUAGGCAACAAGUUUAGACAGCAGACUAAUGAUCUGUAACAUUACAGACCUUGUGACUUACCUAUACAACAAGAUCCUUUGUCUAACAGAUCAUGAAAGAUUGAAGGGAAAAGAAACCGGGUCGUAGUGGUAGUAUUUAAUGAAUUAGGUUUAGUUGUAGUGGUGGUAUAGAAGUUAACUUGAAGGUUAUUCUCCUGUAACUUCAUCUGGUUUACCAUCUGUAUAUUUGUACUGAUGGAAGUUCUAUGAACUCUGAAUAAAUUGACACCGUUUACCCUUCAUAAUGUA